UAUGGUAAAUACCUAGUGUUUAUUUUUUGCUUUUUUUUAAUAACCUCUGUUGAAUGAAUUUCACUCCGUAGUUUUUGAAAUUUUUAAUAAUAUUAACAAAUCUUAACAAACAAAAUGACUGAAAAAGAUCAGGACAAAGGGCCAGACAUAAUAUCAGACCAAGAAAAGGACUUGGCAUUAAAUGCUUUAACGGAAUUGAAAAAGAAAAACUAUUUAUCGUGUUUGCAGAAUAUCAAUAAACUCGAAACUAACAGACCCAAUGACUUUAAAGUACUUCAUAAUAAAGUUGUAGUCGAAUAUUUUAAAAGUGAUCUUCGAAAGACAGAACAGUUUCAAAAAAACUUGACAUCUGUAUGUAAUCAGUUUAAAAUUAAGGUUGAUAAGUUGGAAGAAAUUGAUUAUUGCAUAGCACAAUUUAAUCAAGCAGUCAUCCUGUAUCAUCAGAAACAAUAUACGGCAUCUCAGAGAAUAAUGGAUAGGGUGUAUAAAUUUAUUGAACCAAUGGAAGAUAAUUUAGCAAAACAAGUCAGUCUUCUUGCUAUCGAAUUGCAGUUAUGCUUGAAGCAGCCCGAUAAAGCAUUAACAUUAAUAAGCUAUUUAGAGAAUAAUUUAAUAUACGGUGGAAGUUUACCACUGAAGGGUUUAGAUAAAAAUGGAAAAGAUAAGAAGCUACCUUUACCUAGUCCAAAACCAAUAUCAGAAGAAAUCCAGAAAAAAUUGCUGAAAUAUAAAAUCAGAUGCUAUUUGCUAAACCAUUCUAUAUCUAUAGCUGCAAAAGAACUUAAAAUAUUACUAAAAGAUAAAUCUAAUAUUGAUGCACUGUUCAUGGCUUCCAAUUUAGAAUAUUUGAAAGGAAAUAUAAGUGAAUCAUUGAAUAUAUUGUCCAAAAUCCCAGAAGAUUGUUUAAAUUACAAUGACCAUGGCGAAUUAUCUAAAAUAAUGUACUACAAUAACAUGGGCAUUUUGCAUCAUACCUUAGGCAAACCCAAUUUAGCUUGUUACCAUUUUCAGAAAGCCUUAAAGGAAGACAUUAUUUUCACUCAGAGUCUACAGAAAAAAGGCAGGUGGAGAGAUAUAUAUAAUAGUAUUAAUUUUUUAAAAUCAUUUUAUUGUUUUUCAUCUAUUUCUUUAGACGACAAACAUUUGUAUUCUAUUGGAGGAUCCAAAUAUCACGAAUUAAUGUAUAAUUUGGGCGUUUCAUUGCUCUAUGCUGGCAGAGCUGCUCAAGCAUUUGAAUGUUUAAUUGUAUGUGUAAGGAGGUAUCAUAGAAAUUCUAGAUUGUGGCUCAGAAUUGCUGAAUGUUGUAUUAAAGUACAUAAAGAGUCAAACGAGGUGGAUUUCGAUUUGAAGAAGAAACAAAGAGAGUUGAUUGUUGAAGUAGUUGGAUCCAAAAACGAUCAAAAAGUAGUUUUGGUAGACAGUAUGUCCAAAGAUAAGAAAUACAGUGUAGAUAGCCAGUCCUAUGCCGUUCCAGUACCAUCCUUGGAAUUUGCCUCGCUGUGUCUUCGAAAUGCGAAACUUCUGCUGCCUGCUGAUGCGGCAGAUAUCCCUCCUGUGCCGUUAUUUUUAGUUCCAGGGGUGACACCAGCCGCGCCACCGCCCAGCCCUAGUUUAGCCCCCUCUAGCCCUUCAUGCGCUAAAGAGAUUCAGAUGCUUAAAAAUAGUAUUUUGGUGGCCAGUAGUUAUGUAGGAUUGUGCUUAGGAGAUUACAUCAUAGCUUUAAGACAUGCUAAUGAAUUACUGGAACAAGAGCAGAUAUCCAACGUGCAUAAAUUGCUGGGACACUUGUAUUCAGCCGAAUGCCUAGUUCUAUUAGACAAGAUUCCGGAAGCGUUGGAACAUUUAAAUCCGGAGAAUAUCAAAGAUAUUACCUUCGAAUUUUCCGGAUUGGAGAACAGUGACAGUAAUGAAGUUAAAACCAAUCCACCUCCAAAAUGGUUUCCAACCAACGUUGCCAGCGUGCAAGCCGUUAUGCAGUACAACAUCGCAGUGUGUAAAACGAUCAGAGGCCAGUUCGACCAAGCUUCCGGUAUUUUGAAACAGAUCUGGCAAUUGCGCACCCCCGACUGUCAAGUGCCAGCUCACAUUAUCAUGUUGGUGAUUUACAUCGAAUUACAACUAGGACAUGCUGAAACAGCCAGAAGUUUGUUAAGACAGUAUGCUUUUCCACAUCGAAUAUCCGGAUGACGUAUAUAGAAAUGUAAAAUAAAAGGUGAUCUUUGUUUUGUUUUAUUUUGGAGCAGGGCAAUGCCAAGACAAUUUUAUGUCAAUAUAGAGUAAUAAACGACCCAAGACUUUCUGUUACUGAUAUGGUAUAUUGUAAAUAUACGCCAUACGAUCGAAAAAAAAACAGAGGUAAUAUAAUGUCUCGCUAAUAAAAAUAACUAGUCCACCAUGUAUAUUCUUCAAGUGUUCUGUAAACUAAAAUGUAAAGCUUUUUAUGCCAACUGUAAUCCUAUAUUAACAUAAUUAAUUGUUGAAUAAAAUUAGUACUAAA